UUGGCUGAUAUAAGAAACGUCAUCAUCGAGCGCCUCUGUGUUGACGAGUCGUAAACAUGGAGKAACGAGAAGCGCUGAAGAGGCAAAUUAAACUUCUUCAAGACCUCAUCAGUAAUCACAAGAGCGUCCACGGAGAUGCACCGUUUGCAGGACCAGAACCGAGGCGUCCUCAAGCUCCUACGGCAGCCGGUACGUCUGCUGUUUAUCAUCACAGCUUCAGAGGGAGACCGUAUCCUUCUCAGAGUCGUGGAAGCUGGAGGAAAACGUAUUCUCUGAGAAACACCGGCCCCCAGUCAGUUCCAGCCUCUCCUUUUCAUCGCUGUGCCUCUCAGCUCCGAACUGACGACGUGUCCCUGCCGGGCCACAGCAGAGGAAACGAGGCUGAUCGUACUCAAACCGUACAACCAGAGAGUCCUCAGCAACAUAAAGAGCAACACGGUAAAACGAGGACAAAGGCAGCAGCGACAAACAAAUUAAACACAGAAGCUGAAAAACAAGGUUCAAGUCCAGCAGUCGCCGGCCCACGUCACGAGGCGUCGCAGACGCUGGCGUUUCAACGAGAGCUCGACAGCAGACUUCCUCCUGCAGUUAAUGCUAAUGUUUCUACACAAGCUCAAACUCAAAACAAACCUUCCCUGAGCAUCAAAGGCAGAACUGAUGUAAAGAAAACUUUAACGUCUACAACUUCAGCACCGCUCCCAGCUAGGAGCGCAGCAGCUCCCUCUGCUCCCUCUGCAGUUUUAAAGAGCGUCUCCUCCCAGAGCGUURGCUCUGAAGUUCACGAGUCUUUCUCGAAAAAGUCUAAAUUUCUGUGGGUGAAGAGCCAGACUGUGGAGUCCACCAGCACAGCUCCUGUAGCUGCUGCUGAAAAACCUUCUCCAGCUUCCACCAGUAAGAGAACCCCGCCCAAGAAACUGGCUCGAAAGCUUAGCCCGGUGGCCGUGGUUCCCAAGACCUCCAAGUACAAGUGGGUCUCGUCCUCUGGACUCCAGACCAGGACUCCUCGCAGAUCGUCCCCCAAAGCCUCGCUCCUUCCUCAGAGGAUCCUGAAAGCUAAAGCAGCUUCUGCUCAGUGUGUGAAACUCAAAAAGGAAGCGUCACUUUCUCCCGGCAGCUCUUCUUCUGGGAGUCGUUACCGUUGGAAGGCCGGGGGUCCGAGCGCUGGGGGUCCGAGCGCGGCGGCGGCGGCGUCCCACCGUACAUCCUCCUUCCACUGGACGGCGGAGAGAAACAAAGAAGCAAAAGCUGGAUUUGUUGUUUCUCCAACUUCAGCUCAGCGCUCCCUCCUCCUGUCCCCCUCCCCGAGGGGCUUCAAGCUCCGCAGCAGAAUGAAAAUCAUCAGGUCUGUCAGCAGUGGCAGUGGGUCGGAGAGGGGGGGCAACCCGCCGUUAGCGAAGGUGUCCCCCAGGACUCGCCUCCACGCCCCCACCAGGAGUCCCGCUGCGGUUCGGAGGACCCCUUCCAGGGAACUCGUCUCCUUUGGUCGACACAAGUUGAGGAGGCUUUCCCCCACGUCCUUAAAGACAAAUCCAUCGUCCUCGUCCCACAGAAGCCCCGCCUCCCAGCGGGUGUACAGGACACGCUACAAGAUGGUGACCCGCUCGAGUUCCAGUGCCACGCUGCACGCCCCAAACUACAACCCCGCUCUUUCCUGGCGGGCCAAGAAGAUCCAGUCUGCCAGGAGUUUCCUUCAGAACCGCCUCAGGCCUCCUCACGACCGGCACCCGGCGUCCUCUCAGCGCUGGGCAGGAAGUGGGAUGUGCUGGAUCGGAGGCUCGCUGUACAGAGUGUCCGCCAACAAACUGUCCCGCACCAGGACGUCCAACAUGUCCAUCAACAGAACAGGAAAGUCCUCCGGCCCGCCCGCCUCUCCUGCUCUGAGCCGUCACUUAGCCAGCCGCGCGGUCCAGAGGAGCAUCGCCAUCAUCCGCCACGCCCGCCACAGGAAGCAGCACAAGCAGUACUGCAUGUAUUACAACCGCUUCGGCAAGUGCAACCGUGGCACAAGCUGCCCCUUCAUCCACGACCCGGACAAGGUGGCCGUGUGCACCAGGUUUCUCAGAGGAACAUGCAAACAGGCGGACGGCGCCUGCCCCUUCUCCCAUAAGAUCUCCAAAGAGAAGAUGCCAGUGUGUUUGUACUUCCUGAAGGGAACCUGCAACAACAGCGACUGCCCCUACAGCCACGUCUACGUGUCUCAAAAGGCCGAAGUUUGUGAAGACUUCGUCAAAGGCUACUGCCCCGAGGGAGAGAAG